AUGAACUUUUAUCCACCCCCCGAAGUGAUCACAGCAGGGAUCUACUAUAACCUCCCUUCUUCGCUUCGGCGCCAGGAAUCUACAGAAUGGGCCCAAGGAUUUCCACACAAGUUGGACGGUGUCUUUCUCGAGGGACCAGUAGUCAACCAACAAGGCGAUGUUUUUGUUGUCGACAUACCGUUUGGUCGCAUCUUGAAGAUCGACUCGAAUAAGAAUGCCGAGACGUGCGCUGAGUGGGACGGCGAGCCCAAUGGUCUUGCAAUAAUGCAUGACGGAAGAAUCGUCGUGGCAGAUUAUAAAGAGGGACUGCUUUUAUUUGACCCCGCUGAUAAUAGCGUCGUUCCGUACCUGACUCGACGGAAUCUUGAGCGAUUCAAAGGGGUCAAUGACCUGAUUGUAGACUCUAAAGGCAACAUCUACUUUACGGAUCAGGGUAGGACCGGAAUGACCGAUCCAACUGGAAAGGUUUACCGAUAUACCGUGGACAAAAAGCUGGACUGUCUUGUGGACAAUGGCCCAUCUCCCAAUGGGCUUGUACUCUCAGUGGAUGAGAAGACGUUGUAUGUGGCUAUGACUCGGGCAAACCAAGUCUGGCAGCUUCCGCUCCAUGAGGAUGGAACAACAACCAAAGCCGGGGUGUUUUUCCAGGGCUUUGGAUCCGUGGGGCCAGAUGGGUUAACCAUCGACCAGCAAGGAAACUUGUUUGUCUGUGUACCAGGACUGGGAAGAGUAUUUGUGGUUGACAAAUAUGGAAUUCCCUUGAAAAGUAUCCAAAGUCCCAUUCCGAACGCAUUUAUCACCAACUGCACAUUUGGUGGAGAGGAUAAUCAAGAAUUGUUCAUGACGGACAGCGUUAAUGGAGCGAUUCUCAAGGUGGAUUGGCACUGCCCGGGUGCAAAGUCUUUCAUCCCAAAGUCUAGAUAA